AAGCAAAACACCGCAGGCCCCAGGCAGCACCGAGUCGGGGCAGGGACUCAGGGGGCUGUGCCUCCGGGUUGCGCGCAGCGGUUCAGUCAUUUCUCAGGAACCCUGAUAGGUGGGCCCGAGGGGAACGCCGCCGAGCACCGCAGGAAUCAGGAAACGCAUCCCUGGUUGUCCACUUGCAGGAAUUUGCACGUCUCUGAGUGAAGAUGAGGAAAAGGCUAUAAAUCAGCCAGAAGGGUCUUGAAGGACGGAUUUGGCGUGAGACAGAGAUGGCUGGUGGGAGGAGGUGAACACCGCCGGGGACGAUGGCCCACCGCUCCGGUCCCGCGUAGUGCAGCCCAGCUUCUGAGCCAGGCCCGCGGGAUGUGCGCUUAGACACCAUGGACCGAGCCCACAGCGCAGCCCUGCAGCUGCAGCAGCUCCCGCCCACGAGCAGCGCCGACCCCGGGAGCCAGGGUUCCUUCUCCUACAAGGAAAACCUGAUCGGCGCCCUCCUGGCCAUCUUCGGGCACCUUGUGGUCAGCAUUGCACUUAACCUCCAGAAGUACUGCCACAUCCGGCUGGCAGGCACCAAGGACCCCCGGGCCUAUUUCAAGACCAAGACAUGGUGGCUGGGCCUGUUCCUGUUGCUGCUGGGCGAGCUGGGCGUGUUUGCCUCCUACGCCUUCGCUCCUCUCUCACUGAUCGUGCCCCUCAGCGCAGUCUCUGUGAUAGCGAGCGCCAUCAUAGGAAUCAUAUUCAUCAAGGAAAAGUGGAAACCUAAAGACUUCCUGAGGCGCUACGUCUUGUCCUUUGUCGGCUGCGGUUUGGCCAUUGUGGGCACCUACCUGCUGGUGACAUUCGCACCCAACAGCCACGAGAAGAUGACGGGCGAGAACAUCACCAGGCACCUCGUGAGCUGGCCUUUUCUCUUGUACAUGCUGGUGGAGAUCAUUCUGUUCUGCUUGCUGCUGUACUUCUACAAGGAGAAGAACGUCAACAACAUCGUGGUGAUUCUGCUCUUGGUGGCAUUACUCGGCUCCAUGACGGUGGUGACGGUGAAGGCCGUGGCCGGAAUGCUCGUCUUGUCCAUCCAGGGGAACCUGCAGCUCGACUACCCCAUCUUCUACGUGAUGUUCGUGUGCAUGGUGGCCACGGCCAUCUAUCAAGCCGCGUUUUUAAGUCAAGCCUCACAGAUGUACGACUCCUCUUUGAUUGCUAGCGUGGGCUACAUUCUGUCCACAACCAUCGCCAUCACAGCCGGCGCAGUAUUUUACCUGGACUUCAUCGGGGAGGACGCGCUGCACAUCUGCAUGUUUGCACUGGGGUGCCUCAUCGCAUUCUUGGGCGUCUUCUUAAUCACACGGAACAGGAAGAAGGCCAUUCCAUUUGAGCCCUAUAUUUCCAUGGAUGCCAUGCCAGGGAUGCAGAACAUGCAUGACAAGGGGAUGGUAGUCCAGCCCGACCUCAAAGCUUCCUUUUCCUACGGGGCCCUGGAAAACAAUGACAACAUUUCUGAGGUCUAUGCUCCGGCCACGCUGCCCGUCAUGCAGGAAGAACACAGCUCCAGGAGCGCCCCCGGCGUCCCCUACCGAGUCCUGGAACACACCAAGAAGGAGUGAGCUCACCCGAAGGAGACUUCCCCUCCCCUCCACUUGCAACCACGCAAGCCGUGCCCACGGUGGUUCAACUCUUCACUCUAAAUCUCGCCUUUCAAGUUGUAUUUUUUUUUUUAAAGCCGGGAACUGUAUGGAGGGGGAUCUUGAAAGGGCUUUGUCUCCAGCAGAGGUGAUGUUUAUCGUGGUCUUGGACAUUUCCGAUGUUAGGGGUGAGCGGGGAGGACGAAAGCAGUGUUCCCGGUGGGUGGUCGGGAAUCGGCCUCUCCGGUGAGUCCAGCGGGUUUAGAAGGCCUUGCCCUCCUUGCCCUUGGUAACUGGGCUUCCUCAGUCAGGGACCAAAGCUCGCCACAUGCUUCAGCGCUCAAGCCAGGCCGAGAUUCCGCUCGCCCUCUCCAGACCCCGCUUGAGGCUGGAGACCUCUCCGUCCCGCCUUCCCCCACCUGCUGGCCACCCUCUCACGCGUGAUCCCAUGUUUGCGGUAACGUUUGUGUCGACGACACGUGGCUGGUGGGUCAGCCUGUCGUCUGCCUGUAGGAAAUGCACUUCUGCCUUCCCAUUGUCUGUGCCCUCCCAGGGAAAUGUGCUGGGCGUGUUUAUAGUGGAUCCACUCGGAAAACUCAUUUGGUUUUGGUUCUGUGAACUACUUGAUUGCUUCCCCCCGCCCCCCUCCCCCUGCCCCGAGAGGCACUGGGAAGUUAAGAGAAUAAGGACAGGGGCAGAGUGAUGGCACAGCAGCCCAUAACGGGGGAAGAAUCCCUCUCCACCUUACAAAAGGCGAUGGCCUCGCUUAUAAAAGGGUAGACAGGCAAUCUGGCUGCUUUACCGUAUUCUCCUGCUCACCAGUGCCCUCUGGUAAGAUGGGGGAGGGGUGCUCAUUUCAGAGAGAGCAUCGCUCCCCUCCCCUCCAUUCUCAUUAUACACCGACACACCAAGCCUGAGUUAUUGGUUCAUUUUCCCCGUGUCAGCAGAGACUGCUUGGUCCUCAUCCCCAGGCACAUGUCUGGGAGGCACACACAUCCUCAGAAAUGGAGCCGCAGCCCCCUCUUCUUGGCUGCGUUCAGGAAAAGGUUUGCAAAUCUUAAGGACCCCCCUAGGGAGUUUAUUGAAAAUGCAAAUUCCGACUGGGGUAGGGCCCACGCGUCUGCAUGCUUAACUCACAGCCCGGGUGGUUCUGGUAGCCCAAGGAUCGCACACCUUGAGAGCCUAGUCAUUGAGAGAGACGUCUGCUUUAAACCCCCAGGGGCCGACACGCUCCUACUGGGAAGCUGGAACUGACGCUCCUUGUUUCCUCCCUGGGGCCCAUUUGGCAGGUCACAUAUCCACCCGCCCCCGUAGGAUCAGAGGCCUCUCUCCAUUCAUUGAUGACUGCUUAGAGCUACACUUACUGCUUCCCUCGCAGCCUUUAACUCACAGGCAGGAUACCAGUGUUACCAGACCAGUGUUGGUAGCUCAUUAACCUUUAUGGAUUGUGCUUAAUACUGAUUUAGUUCCUUGACUUCAAAAAAACUGUCUCUGUUGCCUGUGGUAACCGUGUCUGUAUUGUAUCUUAACCACUUCUGUAUUGUGUCUCACAUGCCUAAGAGGGCAGCCGACAGUGAAUGGCCUUUUAACCUUUAGGGUAGGUGUCAACUCAAUGCAACGGUGAGAUUUACGAGGCAUUUACUAUUUUUUGAGCAUGUGGAUGGUGAGGCAAAAAGAGUAAAGAGUGGUUCCUGCCCUCCAGGCCAGCGGGGGGAGACACAAACACCCAGAAACCGACAGGGAAACUGGCAGGGCAGGCCAGGUGCAACGGGGGUCACAGAAAAUGUCAGUUUUGGGGGUCCUGCUAAUGGUCAGGCCCUGAGCCUAGAAUGGGGUAUUCAAAAUGGAGGUGAUUUGGGCCCCACUCACUGAUGAUUGACAAAUCUAGCUAAGGUUUGGACAAAGCAUGGAAAGUCCAGUGAUCAUCCCCACCCCCACCUCCCAGGCAGAGGAGCCCGUGUUUGCAAAGGCACAGAAAUGGGGAGGGAGGGAGGGGUCACCAGGGGAGCCAGGGAGGGUGGUGGGAGAUGAGCCUGGAGCAAUAAGCAGUGGAAGCCAAUCAGAGGACCUUGAACGCCCGGCAGCAGCUUAAAGUUAUCACAGGAGGCCUGGGAGUCAUCGAUGGUUCAUGCGGAAGAGAAUAGCAGGAUGGCACUGAUUGGAAAGGAGGCCUUAUACGUAUGGAGGAAGGAUCCAGGAGAUAGCAGAUGUCCCUUUUCAAGGUCAAGCUGCAGUCCUACAC